GCUUGGCUGGUGGAAUGGAGGUCCUCUAGCACCGCUCCUGAGCUCGUGCUGUCACCCUUCUCCUCACCUCCCCCCCCCCCCGCACGGUGGAGGAGGUGGUGCGGUCCAGAGCGGAAGUGGCUCUGGGAGCGAGGUGGCUCCGGGAAGGCAGCGAUGGCUGCCGGCGUACCCUGUGCGCUUGUCACCAGCUGUUCUUCCACCUUCACCGGGGAUAGGCUGGUUCAACAUAUUCUUGGAACAGAAGAUCUUGCUGCAGAUACACCUGCCAACAAUGGUGUGAGAUUUUACCCCUGGACUAUUGAUAACAAGUACUAUUCUGCAGACAUCAAUUUGUGUGUGGUACCAAAUAGAUUUCUUGUCACAGCUGAAAUUGCAGAGGCUGUCCAGGCAUUCAUUGUUUACUUUGACAGCACACAAAAAUCUGGUCUCGAUAGUGUUUCAUCAUGGCUUCCAUUGGCAGAAGCAUGGCUACCAGAGGUUAUGAUCUUGGUUUGUGACAGAGUAUCUGAAAAUGGUGUAAACCGAACAAAAGCUCAAGAAUGGUGCAUCCAACAUGGCUUUGAGUUGGUAGAACUUAGUCCAGAGGAAUUACCUGAAGAAGAUGAUGACUUCCCAGAGUCUACUGGAGUAAAGAGAAUUAUACAAGCCUUGAAUGCCAACGUGUGGUCUAAUGUAGUAAUGAAGAGUGAAAGAAACCAAAGCUUUGGCCUUCUCAGUUCAUUGGCUGGUGCAAACUGUAACAUUGGGUCAACUGAGAACCAUCACACCGAACCUCAUUUGCCUGUAGAAGAUGGGACUGAAUGCUGCUUUGACCAUCAAGACAGUGCUUCUAACACAACUGACUCCCAGGUUGAUAGCAUUGUAGACCCCAUGCUAGAUCUGGAUAUCCAAGAGUUAGCCAGUCUCACUACUGGAGGAGGAGAUCUGGAAAAUUUUGAACGACUAUUUUCAAAGCUAAAAGAAAUGAAAGACAAAGCAGCAACUUUGCCUCAUGAACAAAGAAAAUUGCACGCAGAAAAGGUGGCCAAAGCAUUCUGGAUGGCAAUUGGUGGAGACAGAGAUGAGAUUGAAGGCAUUUCUUCUGAUGAAGAAAACUGAGCUUCUUGUGUCUGGUUAGCCAAGAUGGUAACAACACACAUUAGUUGUGUUAAGGGAUGUCAGGAGCUUGGGACACUGCAGGGGUGAGAGAAGACAGACGCAGUUGUUAGCCAUGUCUCGCCCAAAAAAGAGUUCCUCCCCAUCCUUGCUGUUGGGGAGCAAUGGAGAUGGAACAGAUGAUUGCAAUUCCUUUGGGGACAUUUAGGGUCAUUAGGAAGUAGCCAAAGCACUGUUAUAACUGUUAGGUCACCUAGGGCCUUCCCUCCAAGGCACCUUCCUUGGACGUGGAAACCCAGAGAGGCAAGCUGAGCUGUGCCCAGGAUUCAGGUGCUUCCUACUAGACAGACUCUGGUCUUAUAGCUCUCAUUUCUCAUACCAUACUGAUACAUGCUGUUGGGGAAGCUGGGAGGGGGCCCAACCUGACAAGUUCUGCCCCUGAGAAUACACCACACCUGCCACAGUGACCAGAGUGGGAAGUCCCUCCCUGCUGUGGCUCAAGCUCUCAGCCUCCCACUAACUCUCGGCUAUUCCCAGACUUCCCUCCUUUUAUUCUCAUUCUUCAUGUACACACCACAACUGCCUUUGCUUUGACAUUCCUGCACUCACCACACCCAGGCUGUUUUCCAGCUACCUUCAGGCCACAUAUACUUGUGUUCUGUCUACUUCCUGACCCCCUUGUCAUUCCCCAUGGAAUUGCAAUCACCCUCUUCCUUCCACUUCUGGGAUGGUGAGGAGUGGAGGAGAAACCAUCCCAUACAAAGGACGACUGUCUCUGUCCUCCCCUCUUAGCUCCACAGCAGCUGAAGCCCUGACACUUCCUGGAUGGACCCUGUUUUGUUCUGCUGAGAUUCCCAUCAUCAUGUUGACCAUUUAGCCAGUAUAAAGGGUUGAUUGUUGGUCUUAAUAGUAGUUUACAGAAGGCUCUUUUCUCUCAGAGUGUAUUAUAAAGGAAUGAAGAGUAUGACAAUUAGAAGUGAGCUUCCUCCAGAUUUACUUUUUGUUCUAGAGGAAUGGGAAUUAGCAACAAAAGCUCUUGCCCAUGUGAAUGAAUCAAGGCACUGUGGGCUAUCCAUUCUGUCAUAGCAACAAUUCCUGUAUUUCUAUUCAGUUACCAUUGUUCUUGAGUUUAUACUGUCACUCCCAGGACUUUAUCUCCUCUCACUUUUCAGCUGGUUUUCAAGAACCAAGCUUACCUGAGCCAUGAUGUCUUUCUUCCUUUUGUGAGGUGAGAAAAAGAAAGAGGCUGCAUAUUACACGGGUAAUUAAAUAUAAGGCAGCCCUGACCUUCCUAAGUGGCACAUGGCUUAAUCUCUAAUUGCAAAUUUACAGAAAUGCCUGCCUUUUAAAUGUUUUACUCCUUGUGACUAAGCUCAUUCCAGAAAGCCUACCUUGGACAGAGUAGAUUUUAUUAUUGCAGAAAAUGAGGCAGAGUUUCAUUAAAUACCCAAGGAAGAAAUAACCUUCACUACUGUUGUGUUUUUGCAAGAGAGAGAGACAGCCUUCUUAAGUUUCUUUAUGAGAAAAGAGCAUGGGAGCGAUGUUUUGAAUGUAGUUGCCCCAGUACCAUCAGAGAGAUAAAAUGGAACAACAAAAAGUAUUUUAGUAUUGCCUCAUGCAGAUUGUUUCCUAGCUACUGAUGAUAUCCAGAUUAAUGUUAUCAUCCCCUAUAUGCUUACAAACAGGUGAGGUAUCCCAUUCUUUCUGGCUAAGAACCAAACUAAGAUGUAAAGUAGUGACAGUGAACGGUAUAGAGGGUAGUGUUAGGAAACCAAGUUGUAACAAAUUCAUAAGCAGUGUGACCACAGGGCCUUGACAUUUCCUAUGAACCUCCCAUAAAUAGCAGCUCUUAGUGCCCUUGUGGUUUUUAUCUUGUGAAAAAGGCCAAUAUGUACCUUUGAAUGGAACAGUACUGAAGGGAAAUCUCCCAAAGAAAUAGCAGAGAGAGUUCAUGAAAAUUGUUUUUUAAAAGGCUGCUUUUGUGAGUUAUUCUCAGCAUGAGAGAAUAGUGGGUCUCACAGGCUACAAGGUGGACUUAAAGGAGCAGAGAUUUGCUGGCAGUCAUUGCCCAGAUUACCAGGCUUAUCAUAGGAGGUCUAGGCCUGAGACAAUUCCAGAGGUGAACACUACCUGCCACGUACAGGAAACCUAGGCUUGCUCACACACAGGAACAAGUGUGACCCUCACACACCCUCUUACAUGUUCUACAGAAACUGGAAUGAGGGAGCAGUAAGAACAGGACAGCCCAAGCUCACAAGGCUGUCCAUAGCAUCAUUCUGCCAACCACAGAAGAGACUGGGAUGCUCUCAGUGAUAAGAUGACUUUUUUAGCUAUCCAGUUAAGAACACUGGCAAAGUCCUGUAGGAAGCUAGGAGAGGAAGUUGGAAAUCUUUUUUCCCCUUACCGUCGUAAAGGGCAUUAGGGAAACAAUAAACUCAUGUGUAUUAGGGAAAACAGAUUGGAAAAAGCUGUGAACUUGAUUUUGAAAAUUAAACAAGGCUGAAUUGAUGAAAA